UCCCCGCGAGAACUCGAACCAGGAAAGUUUCGAAGAAAAAGUGCUUCAGGUGAAGAUUAAGGGGAACAUGUCUCAUUUAAGUUUACGUCGUCAGCUUUUCCAUAAAAAUCUUGACCUACUUCUGCAGAGUGGUUCACUUGAUACUGUUGAAGAAGAAGUAAACAACAAAAAUCAGGAAUGUACAAAAUGUGAGCAAGUGACAGACCUUGAUGCGACAGUUGAAGCAAGCCUUUGUACUGAGCCAAGUGAUGGUGCUGACCAGGCAUUGACAUAUAGAUCUCCGAUAUACCGACCUAAACACUUGCGUAUUGAUAAACCUCCAGAAAGUGGUGCAACAUCAACUCGACCUCUCAGCAAGUAUGACCAGUGUAGUACACCAUACUCUGAACCCUGGGAAUCAAAGUCAGCGGGUGGUAUUGUCCGUCCUGGUACACCAUACACAGAGAUUGAUGAAAAUACAGUAGGUGCAAGCAAGCCCAGCAAGUGUAAGGCUGCGCCAUUGAAGUUUGAGUUUCCAGCACCAUCAACAUCUGUUAACAAGCGUCACUCUUUACCAUUCUCACCUAUACAUCAUACACCAGUGCGGGCACAGUUUAAAGGUUUUGGUUGUUGUAUGACCUGUGAGGAAGAUGUCAGAGCAUUACCAAUGAGCCCUGCCCUGUUUGUGUCCCAGACAACAAGUACACCAGGCCCUACAGGUGUUACAAUGGACUCCCCAACAUGUCAGAGUAUAUUAGAGAAUAAUAAUAGUAUCUUCAAUUUCUCGGAAUGUAACAUGUGCCGGAUAUGUCAUGAGGAUGGUAGCAAAGAGAAACUUGUCUCACCGUGUCAUUGUGCUGGAACUAUGGGUAUGCUACAUGUGUCAUGUCUCGAGCAAUGGCUUGGCUCCUCUAAUACAACCAAGUGUGAGAUCUGCCAGUUCCAGUUCAUUGUACAGAAGAAACCUCGACCGUUCACAUGGUACAUGAAAGAGCCAACAUUAAAGGAAGACAGAAUGUUGAUUGUGAAGGACAUAGUGUUGCUGGUAUCUCUAGGAGGGCUGGUGCUCACUAUCUGUAUUCUCUGUCUCGUGUUUGCAAAGCAACUAACAGAGGAGCAUAAGCCGGGACCUGCAGCAGUUCUCAUCCUCCUUACGGUCUGCUCGUUGAUGCUGUAUACCAUCUGGGUUUUUAUUGCUGUUAGACGUAUGCGAAGACGUGUCCACAUCUGGCACAAUGAACAUCACAUCAUACAGAUCAAACAGAGACAGGGUUGUCAUGGUGAUACAAGUAACAAAAUAUUCCGAAGAUUUCCCGUGAAAUUACCUUCUGCCAGACAAAAGAAACAGACAGAAAAGAAGAAAAAAGGUGACAAUAACUUAGGGUCCACAUCUUUCAUUGGCUGCUCAUUAGAAUCAUACAAAGCUGCCAUGUUCAAUCCUGUCACCCCUGCAGAACCUCUGCUACAAGAUAUGAAUAACAAUGAUAUUACCUCCCUUAAUGAGAGUAGUCCAUCAGUGAUCUCCCUUGAUGAGUUAAUUGAGGAAUGUAUCAGUUACUAUCAGCCACCAGAAUGUGGUACCACAUCAGUUCUCUUAAGUAAUGAAUCAGGUAAAAUUCUUAGAGAAACUGGCGUUUAAACUAAACACUAACACAUAUGUAUUUGAUAUAUCAAAUGAUAAUUUAAGUGUGAUAGAUCUCAACGUGUGUAUAAUUUCUUUAUUUUUGUAAAUGUUUUAUAAUGAG